GGUUUAGCGUGGUUGGAUGAUUAGCCGUGUAGUUGUUUGCGUGCGUGAUUCUCAACUCUUCAGCUGGAGAAGAAAGUUUCAACUCGUUGGAAAUGGAAUGAGCCGUUUUGGGAUGUUCAUUUCGACGCAAAAUGAAUGUCAGGACUUGAAGAACCGCCUGUCUCACUGUUUAGGAGAAUUCACGUGGAAAUUGAUAAAGCUCAGGAAUCCAAUUUGGAAAAGUCUGGACAUUCUAAUUUAAAAACGGUGCAGAAUUCUCCUAAUCUUGACCGUGAGUCCGAUGGCACGCUUGGAGAAAAGGGCUUUGAUGCAGUAGUUGAAAAAUCAGACCACCUGGCCAACUUGAUCGCCCCAGUUUCUCUCACUGUAUCCAGGUCCAGGACAUGGAGUCGUACCAGAGGUCCAGUGGAGACAUCCUGCGCAGAAACCCCCAGCAUGACUUUGAGCUCAUCCAAAGAGUUGGCAGUGGCACGUAUGGAGACGUGUUCAAGGCUCGUAAAAUCUCCACUGGUGAACUAGCAGCUGUAAAGAUGAUUAAACUGGAGCCAGGGGAUGAUUUCUCAAUCAUUCAGCAGGAAAUUUUUAUGGUGAAAGAAUGCACUCAUCAGAACAUAGUGGCCUACUUUGGCAGCUACCUCAGUCGGGAGAAGCUGUGGAUUUGUAUGGAGUAUUGUGGAGGUGGCUCACUACAGGACAUCUACCAUGUUACAGGCCCUCUGUCUGAACUUCAGAUUGCUUAUGUGUGCAGAGAGACAUUGCAGGGUCUGAGUUAUCUCCACUCCAAAGCAAAAAUGCACAGAGAUAUCAAGGGGGCAAAUAUUUUGCUUGCCGACAAUGGAGAUGUCAAACUUGCGGACUUUGGUGUAGCAGCCAAAAUAACAGCCACAAUUGCCAAAAGGAAAUCCUUUAUUGGCACCCCCUACUGGAUGGCCCCAGAAGUGGCUGCUGUGGAGAAGAAUGGAGGAUAUAAUCAGCUGUGCGAUAUUUGGGCUGUGGGAAUUACUUCCAUUGAACUUGCUGAAUUGCAGCCACCCAUGUUUGACCUGCACCCCAUGAGGGCCUUAUUUUUAAUGUCCAAAAGCAGCUUCCAGCCUCCAAAGUUAAAGGACAAGCUUAAAUGGUCUACAAGCUUUCACAAUUUUGUUAAAGUUUCUUUGACUAAGAACCCUAAGAAGAGGCCUACAGCUGAAAAACUGCUUCUGCAUUUGUUUGUGGCUCAGUCAGGUUUGAGUCGCAGACUUGCAGUUGAGCUGCUGGAUAAGAUGAAUAACCCAGACAACCUGCGUCCCUAUAUCGACAAAGAUGAGGAUGAUCUGGAGCCACCGCAUCCUCCACACACCAUUCGUUCAGCCCCUAACAAGGAUGCUCGAGCUGGGAAAACUCGCUCCGAGAUUGACUUAAACAAGCUCCGAUUUGAGUCUCCACUCAAGAAGGAAACUGAAGCAAGCACAGAAAUGGAUGUGACCAAAGAGAAUGAUUUCUCCUCUCAAUGGAGCCCAUUUGCUGAGGGAGGCAUCUCUUCCAGCGGACAUAUGGCUCUAUUAGAAGACGCCUUUGAGGAUGUAGAGAUAUCCACUUUAAAACAUGUUGUGCCUCCACCUCUUCCUCCUAAACCACAUCCAUUCAGCUCAUCUGAUGAUGUGGGGUUGAACGAUGGCUCUUCCACAAUUAAGCGGUUCCCAGGCUCAGAUAAUGAUAUGAUUCCUGGUCCACGCAGGCAAAGCACACCAGAGAGAGGCAACAGGAUUGAUCAGAUGCUGCAUGAUCUUUCCUCCAGUGUAAGCAGCCCUGGACUGCUAUCACGAUCAGCAGAAUAUGUUGAGGAUUCUGAGGAGACUCCAAAUGGAGACACUCCUAAAUCGCCACCUGGUCGGCCAAAAAAGAAGGAGAAGAAAGAAUUCCCGAAACCAGCAAUUAAUGGCCUUCCACCUACCCCUAAAGUGCUGAUGGGAGCAUGUUUUUCUAAAGUGUUUGAUGGCUGUCCUCUUAAAAUCAACUGUGCCACCUCAUGGAUUCACCCAGAGACCAAAGAUCAACAUCUGAUCUUUGGGACAGAGGAUGGCAUCUAUACAUUGAAUUUAAAUGAGUUACAUGAGGCCACCAUGGAGCAGUUGUUUCCACGAAGAUGUACCUGGGUCUACGUCAUAAAUAAUAACCUCAUGUCAUUAUCAGGGAAAACCUUCCAGCUGUAUUCUCACAAUUUGAUUGGCCUGUUUGAGCAGCUCAAAAAACCUGGACUUGCUACACAGUUGCAAACUCACAGGUUCCCUGAACGGAUACUGCCAAGGAGAUUUGCCCUGACCACAAAAAUCCCUGAUACAAAGGGCUGUCACAAGUGCUGCAUCGUGCGCAAUCCAUACACUGGAUUUAAGUACCUGUGUGGAGCACUGCAGUAUGGCAUCGUUCUGUUACAGUGGUACGAACCUAUGCAGAGGUUCAUGCUUAUAAAGCACUUUGAUUUCCCAUUGCCGAGUCCUUUGCGUGUUUUUGAGCUGUUGGUGGUGCCGGAGCAGGAGUACCCCCUAGUGUGUGUAGCUGUCAGUCAGGGCACUGAGCCCAGCCAGGUUGUUCGCUUCGAAACCAUCAACCUCAACUCCUGUUCUUCCUGGUUUACUGAGAUAGGCUCAGCGGCGAAUCAAGUUGAUGCAAUUCAUGUUACUCAGCUUGAGAGAGACACUGUGCUUGUGUGCCUUGACAAAAAUCUAAAGAUCGUGAACCUGCAAGGAAAGCUCAAGUCUAAUAAGAAACUGUCUUCAGAACUUAGCUUCGAUUUCUGUAUCGGUUCAGUAGUGUGUCUUCAGGACAGUGUUUUGGCUUUCUGGAAACAUGGCAUGCAGGGAAAGAGCUUCAAAUCUAAUGAGGUCACACAGGAGAUUUGUGACUCGAGCAGAGUGUUCAGACUACUCGGAUCAGACAGGGUGGUGGUUUUGGAGAGCAGGCCCACUGAUAACCCGACGGCUCUCAGCAACCUUUACAUCCUGGCAGGCCAUGAGAACAGUUACUAGGCUGAUUCUUGCUGAUACUGCUCUCACCUAUUCACUGCUCUGGCAUUGUGGAUUCAGCCCUGUCUGGCAGUGAACUCUCUCCUCUCUCAGUAUUGCUGCCUGUUUAAGCAAAGGCUUGAAGACAAAGUGAGCAGAGGCUUCUGAUUAUGCCUUAAUAACUUCCAGAGCGGACCUUUAGGCUGGUUCAAUCUUUCUGCCUCAGUCACUGGCUAAUGGCUAGUUUUAGAAUUAGAUUAAAAGCAUCAAUUCCUGAACAUGUAUUUAACAUCUGAAAUGUCUGGAGCAAUAUUAAUCAAACAGCAUGACUGCAGAAAUUGUCCUUUAAGUGCCUUUUUUGGGGCACUGUCAGGUGUGCUUCAUUAAAUCCUUUGAGAAACAGGCUCUCGGUGUGUAAUCAGUAUGUAACUAACAUUUUCAAACCAGAUGUAGAUUUUAGAUCACCAUUUGGAAGUAUUUAGCAGGAAUGGAGUAAACAAAAAUCGAACAAGGAAGCAAGGACAUAUUGCUGUUGGCUAUUUAAAGUGUAAAUUAUUGAGCUGGAGUCAUGAGUUGUAGUUUAAAUGCAGUGUUUUCAAAAGCACACCAGCAAAAUCUCACUUCCUUAACAGAGCAGGACUCAGCAAAGCCACAUCUUUAUUUUACUGCUUUGUAAUAAAAUAAUAAAUCUUUCCUGCUUGGUUAAAUUUUAGAAUGCAGUUAUGAUGUAAAAUGGUAUUCUUUUUAUUGUAACUUUUAUUCAAUAUUUGCACCAUGUAAGCACUUUUGUACAUUAAUGUUUUUUUUUUUUUGUAUUUAAGAAUGACAAAAUAUGGGAGAUGCUAGGUUUUUAUGACUUGCAGAGUAUUUCCAUGGCUUCAGUUCUAAUGUAUGCUUUUUUUUGUAAUAAAAAAAAUAAUGU